AUUCCCAGGAUGCCUGGCGCAGGCUCCCGGCGGGUGCAGGCUGGGCUCAGCUCUGCUGGACCUGCGCUGGGUGACUCUGGCCUCCCUGCACUCAUGGCUUCUCCUAGCAAGGCAGUGGUCGUUCCUGGGAACGGAGGCGGGGAUGUGACCACGCACGGCUGGUAUUGGUGGGUGAAAAAGGAGCUGGAGAAGAUACCUGGUUUCCAGUGUUUGGCUAAAAACAUGCCCGACCCAAUUACAGCACGGGAAAGCAUCUGGCUGCCAUUCAUGGAGACAGAGCUGCACUGUGAUGAGAAGACCAUCAUCAUUGGCCACAGUUCUGGGGCCAUUGCGGCCAUGAGGUAUGCAGAAACACAUCGAGUAUAUGCUAUUGUCUUAGUGUCUGCAUACACGUCAGACUUGGGGGAUGAGAAUGAGCGUGCAAGUGGAUACUUCAGCCGCCCCUGGCAAUGGGAGAAGAUCAAGGCCAACUGCCCUUACAUUGUACAGUUUGGCUCCACUGAUGACCCGUUCCUUCCCUGGAAGGAACAACAAGAAGUGGCCGAUAGGUUGGAAACCAAAUUGCACAAAUUCACUAACCGUGGCCACUUUCAGAACACAGAAUUUCAUGAACUGAUUACUGUGGUAAAGUCUUUGCUGAAAGUACCAGCAUAGACUGGAUGAUUCCUGCUACUUUGCAUCCCAAUAUAGGGGUAGAGUAAUAAUAUCUACUAUUAGCUGAUUACUAGACAAUAAAACAUCCAGUUAAGUUCCAAAA